CUUACUUUUCGACGCGUUCAGGGCCUGUCGUGUGUCUGCAGCCGCACUGGUCGGGAAUAUUCGCUUGACGAUGAGCGCAGUGUGGCUCGUCCGUGCCGCCGACCGUGCCGCGCGCGGAUCUGGGGCUCGUUUCAGAAUUGAAACCUUCACAGCCAAUGGCUACGCGACUGCCACACCUCAAGCAAACAAGACUCAACUGUCUGGAUGCCGGCAGCCAAACAGUCCAGGGUCCUGCUCGUCAACUGUGUUCCUCAAGCUCAAGAGCCAAGAAAUAAUGACUGGGCCUGCGUCGCCGCCCGCGUCCAGCUUGGGGCUGUUUCGCUCUGAUCUGGAAAGGCGUGCAAGGUUGUGGCAUGCAAUUUUGACCAUUCGAUCGCCACGUCAAACUGAUGCCAGUGCGAUGCGCCUUAAUCCGAGCUAAUAUGAGGUUCGCGACACUGGGCGACAACGGUCGCGCAGUAGACUUUCGUUAGCGCGGGUUUUGUUUUCAGGUUCCCCUUCACCUCGAGUUCUCCCAGAUUUUCUCUUCAGUUCUUAUUGUUCACUAUUGAUUUUAUUGUUGAGCCCGAAGACUCGUUGCCUU